AUGGAUGGACAAUCGCUACCAUUACAAGUUUGCGCUGCUCUCAUUGUGGUUUCACUGUUGAAUGCUCUGAUCAAAGAUCAAACCAGAAGAAGUUCAGAAGGAUCCUCAAAAGCUGCAGCACUUAGUGUGAUGAGGGGAAGAAAUUUGACAGAUUUGGAACUGGAUAUCAGCAACACCAAUAUCAGUUGAUUGAGAGAUGCUAGCUAUGACCUUGUGUUUAUUCACCCUGAAGUAUUUUUAUCUUGCAAGGAAGGAAUGAGCCUCCUUUAGAGUGGAAACCUUCUAGCAUGCAGUGAAAGCAAUAGUGGUUAAUGAAGCGCAUUGUAUCUUAGAGAGGUAAGGAUGUUUCAAAUAAUAAUAGUAGGCUUAUAUAAAACUGUAGUCAGCUUAUAAAGCUUAUUCAAAAAGGAGUGGUUUUCUCCAUUCAGUCCUGUAUGUUUAACCUUUAAAAAAAUCUUACCAGAACCAAAUAGUUUCCUCUCAAAACAAAAACAACCUUUCAGAUGGAGAUCAGGACUGAGAGCUACUCUAGGGCCUGUUUAUUUAUCUGCUACAUGGUGAUGUGCAUUUGACCUGUGAGAUGUGACCUGAAAAAAAAUACGUUUCCAUGAUUGUGUAUUGAUGUUCUUAAUGUUCUUAAGGUACAACUCAGUUUAUUGUUCGGGUUAAUUAUGAAGAAAAAUGGUCGGAUUUCAGUAUGACCCCAAACAUUUAUUAAGCAUUCAGCAAUUUCAUUUUUUUCUUCACAAAUAGUUUAAUGUGAAUAACGUGCAAACAUAUUUGCAUAGUAAAUGUACAGGAUCAUAUGGAAAUCUUACCAAAUAAGGUUAAAAAAUAAUGUAAAACCUUAUGCAUUUUUUAUUUUUCCUUCAUAAGGGGAAUGAUUUCAGGAAAGAUCACUCCAGGCUUGCAAUGUUAUGUGCCACAUUUCCUUCUGUCACAUUGGUGCUGCUAACAGCUACAGCCAGCAAGAAAGAUGUCUCUGAAAUCAAAGAAUCUUCAAAUUUAAAAUCUCCUCUUGAAGUUACAGUGAAUCCAAAUAGGAGCAACAUAUUUUAUGGAAAAAGUCUUCCACCAAAGAGAAGAUGUAGAUUUCACGGUAGAAACUCUCAAGCCCAAUGUAACACAAGAGAAAACAGUGACAUAUCCACUAACUUUGUUAUAUCUGUCUUUGACAUGGUGCGGUUUUUUCACUCAAGUAUUCCGAGAAUAAUUUGGGCAUUAACCAUACUACCCUUCUACUGCAGAAGCACUCGCAGAAAACAGCCUGUUUGCUCAAUUUCAUGCUCCACAGCCAAAGGCAACUGAGGAUCAAAUUUUAACUGUAAUAACCUUACCCAUCUCUAAAGUGAGGGACAUAUUUGCCACAGUUACAAUGGGGAUUGGAGUUGACAUUUCUAGAAUACGACGUAUCGUUCAUGUAUGACCACCACAGUCCAGUUGUGAAUAUUUUCAAGAGACAGGAAGAGCACCCCAAACUGGGAACCCCACCAGUGCUACACUUUAUUAUAACAAUGCAGACAUUGCGAAGAACAAACCUGGAAUGAGUGAUAAUAUCAGGUAAAAUUGCCAUCUGGAAAGAGAAUGCUUGCGGAAAUUCCUUUUGAAGUGUCUCGAUGCAGAUGUUGACUCAAAUACUGUAGAUCACUGUUGUUGCUCAUAUUGCAAGUUUAAAUGUAAGUGCCAGAAUUGUCUCAAAGGAAUGUAAUGAGCCAUCGUUACUUGCUUUUUCAUGCAUAUGCUCAGUUUUUCAAAAGGUCUACAUGUCUGGGCUCGAAAACAUUGCAUUCCAGCUUGUUCUUAUGGGCAAGCAGCUUCUCAAAUUUUGCUGGGGGGCUACUUCUUAUUUGUCUUUCAGUAAGCUGUAGUUCAUCCUUUUUUGACUGGCCUGAACCCUUACCCAUUGCUUUAAAAGUUACCUGCACGGGAUAAUAAUCUACUUGUCCUGAAGCGGCUUUUUCUAUGCCUGUCUGUAACUUGCUUUGCAAGUUAAGUGGUACACGUAUCUAUUCAUUGCUAUAUGUGAAAUGAUUCUACUGUAAAUUUUAUUAUCAUCUUACCACAGCACCUAUUCCUAGAGAUGGAUAAUUGUUGUCAAGAAUCCAAGAAUCGCUUUAUUCUUGGCUUUUCUUUGCUUCUUGGUGAGAAAGAAAUAUUUCAGGAAGCACUGCAGAUUACUAUUAGGUAACACCCAGGGUUGUAUAUAAGAGCCAGCAGCCAGCAAACUUCGCCGGCUUCUCUGUCAGGUUUCGCCGGCUACUUUCAUUGCUUGAAGAGUCAAGAUAUGUCGAGGAGAUGAUGUUUAUCAGGUCUAAACUAUCAGGUCCAAUUGUGAUUACCACAACAUGGACACUUCAUUAUAUGCUGAAACAGCCCUACCCUUGCUGAGUAUUGCCUUUGAAUUCCCAUUUAGAAUGGGCUUCGAUCAAGGCUUCAAAAUGACAUGCUGCAGGCACUUAUGCAGGUUUCAAUCAAUGGGCCACCACUGCCCUCAGAUCAGUGCAAGGAACUUGUACGUGACUCUGUACAGUUUUGGUUGAAGCAGAAAAAGAGGCGAACCUUGCCUAAGAAAGGAGCAUCAACAGAUCACCAUGGUUCUGUGUCAGAAAAGCUGGCAGAUGUGGGAGUGCAGGUUGAAACUGUUGAAGCUGAUCAAGAUGAAGCUAGCCCAAAUGAGAUGGCACUUCAAGAUGAAGUUGAAGCUGCAGCAGCUGCUUUGAAGCUAACAGACCAGUGUGAUGACUCGGACUACGAUUCAGAAUACUCUGAAAGCGAUACUGACUAA